GCCACAAGCGUGCACUCAACUCACUCUAAAAGUCAGAACAAGUUUAGUCGUCCUUAUGUACAGUGACUUGUCGCUUGUUGUUUAGACAGAAGAACGCUUAAAAAAUGCGCAUUUUAGAUUUCAUUGGCGUCAUUGGCUUAUUCCUCGUACAAUUUUCAAUUUUGGUGAAGGGCUGCUAUGAGUAUCAAAGUUGUCUGACCCCACGAAACCGGCUUGGUGCGUAUGUAACGCGUGAUGUCUACCGUCAGAUGGCGAAGAAAUCGCAAGACAUCUGUUUGGGUGUCUGUAAUUACAACAAGACUACACAAUUGAUUUGUUGCGCCUAUCAGGAUAAGCCGGCGGACAAGAGAAUAUCGCAAAUUCAAUGUGAGAUCGAACACACGAGACAUCAAUUAAUAGUACAUGGCAAGUUGGCGAAAAUAAAUGAAUUUCCAUUCAUGGUCGCCAUUGGUUGGCGCGACUUGUUUGCCGUUAACACCAUAACCUAUAAAUGUGGUGGAGCUUUAAUUGAUCGCAGAUAUUUAGUGACAGCGGCGCAUUGCCUUUAUCAUUCUGAUCAACCACCCAUUGUGGUGCGUCCAGGUGGUUUCAACUUAACUGAUGCGUUUGCAAAGGAUUUCGAAAUCGAUGAAAUCUACAUACAUCCUGGCUACGAUUACCCGAGCGCUUACAAUGACAUUGCAAUUAUACGCUUGAAGGAGCCAUAUUAUGCCCAGAGUUUCAACAACACUGGUCCGGCUUGUGUUUGGGCACUACCUUUGCAUGGUGCCAAUGUUACAGCUAUCGGCUAUGGCAGCACCAAAUUUGCCGGUUUAGCUUCAAACGCCUUGAUGAAGACGGACCUUAGGAUCUUGACCAAUGAAGAUUGUGGCAAAUAUUACGACCGAGAUGAAGAUUUGCUUUAUAAUGGUAUUAUACACACGCAGGUGUGUGCGAAUGAUACUGUUGGAAUGAGUGAUACUUGUCAGGGUGACUCGGGUGGACCGAUUAUAAUGUAUCGUAAUAUCAAUGAAGACUACUUUUACGAAAUGCCUUACUUAGUUGGUAUCACCUCAUUUGGUAAUGGUUGUGGCGGUGGGCUACCAGGGGUGUAUACGCGCGUCGCUAGCUAUAUAGAUUGGAUCGAGAAAAUCGUUUAUUAUGUAUGAGAAAAUAAAGAAUAAUAUAUAUAAAAUAAACACACAAAAAAACAAUUUUGCAAUAAAAUUGAAAUAUAAGAUC